AUGCAGCAGAGCCAUGAGGAGGAGCGUCAGGCAGCGGGGGCGGCGAUGCACCGGAUGGAGGCCGAGAUGAGGUCGCAGCAGCAGACACAGCUAGCCGGGCCGCCACGCCGCGCAGCCGCGUCGUCCACGAACCCGUUUGCCAGCAUGGGCGCGCUGUCGAAGGAACCAGGGUCAUUUCCUGACCAGGGUGACGAUGGCGAUGACGUUUUUGGCGUUGGCACCGAGCAGCACCCCACGGCGACUGGUGAUGCCGUGUCCGUGGAUCGCCAGGCCGAACCGGAGGGCCUCGUGACAGAGCUUCGAGGGCGGCUAGCGGAGCUGGAGGCUGCUUUGUCAAGCGCCACACUGGCCCGGGAUAGCGCUGUGGGAGAGGUGGAGCGUCUUGCACGGCAGUGCGCCGAUGCGGAGGCGACCAUGCACCGGAUGGAGGCCGAGAUGGCGGCAGAGAAUGCCAAGCUGAAGGAGGAGUUGUGUCGGAUGCAGCAGAGCCAUGAGGAGGAGAUUGAGGCUGCGCUGCUCGAGGCAAGCGACCGCAUUGCGGAGCACGAUGAUCUGCUUCGGCAUAAACUGGAGGAGCAGGAGGCGGAGCUUGAAGCGAGGUUUCUGGAGCAGCUGAAUUCGUUCAAGGAGCCCGGUGGUGAUUCCGAUGCCUUGCAUUCUCUGCUGAGUCUGAAGGAAGAGAAUGCCAAGCUGAAGGAGGAGUUGUGUCGGAUGCAGCAGAGCCAUGAGGAGGAGCGUCAGGCAGCGGGGGCGGCGAUGCACCGGAUGGAGGCCGAGAUGAGGUCGCAGCAGCAGACACAGCCAGCCGGGCCGCCACGCCGCGCAGCCGCGUCGUCCACGAACCCGUUUGCCAGCAUGGGCGCGCCGUCGAAGGAACCAGGGUCAUUUCCUGACCAGGGUGACGAUGGCGAUGACGUUUUUGGCGUUGGCACCGAGCAGCACCGCACGGCGACUGGUGAUGCCGUGUCCGGGGAUGGCCAGGCCGAACCGGAGGGCCUCGUGACAGAGCUUCGAGGGCGGCUAGCGGAGCUGGAGGCUGCCUUGUCAAGCGCCACACUGGCCCGGGAUAGCGCUGUGGGAGAGGUGGAGCGUCUUGCACGGCAGUGUGCCGAUGCGGAGGCGACCAUGCACCGGAUGGAGGCCGAGAUGGCGGCAGAGAAUGCCAAGCUGAAGGAGGAGUUGUGUCGGAUGCAGCAGAGCCAUGAGGAGGAGAUUGAGGCUGCGCUGCUUGAGGCAAGCGACCGCAUUGCGGAGCACGAUGACCUGCUUCGGCAUAAACUGGAGGAGCAGGAGGCGGAGCUUGAAGCGAGGUUUCUGGAGCAGCUGAAUUCGUUCAAGGAGCCCGGUGGUGAUUCCGAUGCCUUGCAUUCUCUGCUGAGUCUGAAGGAAGAGAAUGCCAAGCUGAAGGAGGAGUUGUGUCGGAUGCAGCAGAGCCAUGAGGAGGAGCGUCAGGCAGCGGGGGCGGCGAUGCACCGGAUGGAGGCCGGGAUGAGGUCGCAGCAGCAGACACAGCUAGCCGGGCCGCCACGCCGCGCAGCCGCGUCGUCCACGAACCCGUUUGCCAGUAUGGGCGCGCCGUCGAAGGAACCAGGGUCAUUUCCUGACCAGGGUGACGAUGGCGAUGACGUUUUUGGCGUUGGCACCGAGCAGCACCCCACGGCGACUGGUGAUGCCGUGUCCGGGGAUGGCCAGGCCGAACCGGAGGGCCUCGUGACAGAGCUUCGAGGGCGGCUAGCGGAGCUGGAGGCUGCCUUGUCAAGCGCCACACUGGCCCGGGAUAGCGCUGUGGGAGAGGUGGAGCGUCUUGCACGGCAGUGUGCCGAUGCGGAGGCGACCAUGCACCGGAUGGAGGCCGAGAUGGCGGCAGAGAAUGCCAAGGUGAAGGAGGAGUUGUGUCGGAUGCAACAGAGCCAUGAGGAGGAGAUUGAGGCUGCGCUGCUUGAGGCAAGCGACCGCAUUGCGGAGCACGAUGAUCUGCUUCGUCAAAAGCUUGAGGAGCAGGAGGAGUAUUAUGAGAAAAUAAUUGCAGACAAGACGCGGUUAGAGUCUCUUCCGGUGGAUAAUUCUGUGUUGGGUGAUGCGUUUUUUUGGAAGGAGGAGCAUGAUAAAUUGUAUGAGCGAUUUGAGCAGUUGCAAACCGAAUUAAGAUCUUAUUUACGGGAUACUACUGUGCAUCAGGAUGUAGAGGCGGUGGUCCGGCAGGGUACAGCUGCUGAGGAAGGUACGUGUGUUGAUGGACCUUUGCAGGCUGCAUUGAACGAAGUUGAUUUGCUUAAAGGGCAAAUUUCAGUGCUUCAAAGAACCAGGGAGCAGGAGGAGGAGAAAGUUGCUAUGCAGGAGAGGGACUUGCAAGAGCUGCGGGAGCGAUUGAGGGCAGAGGAGAAAAGCCGUUGUGAGUUUUCUCAAAUGUAUGAAGAUGCAGCUGCCUUGUUACGUGAUGGUGCUACGAGCGUGGAGAUGCUUCUGCAGGAGAAGCGGGCACGCAUUGAGGAGCUGGAGUCACAAACCGAGAAGAUGUCGCAACAGGUGCUCUCAACAGAGGAACAGCUGCGGUUUGUUCGGGUGGAGUUGGAACAGCGGCAGCAAGAGGUGGAUGAGGGAACAGAAAGAUAUUUCAGGCUGGAGGCGGUGCAUCGUGAGAUGGGCGCUGAGCUGCGUGAAGUCAAACGUCUGCUUGAGGAACGACAGCGGACGUUGUCGCAGCGGCUAGAACGUGUACAGAACGAUAUGGAGAAGCAGAUGCAUGACGCAUCAGAGGAAAUGCGUCGUGUAUGCUGUGAGCAUGAACAGCAAGAGAAUGGACUGCGUCGCGAGAUUGACCGUCUGCGGGCGGAGUUACAGGCGGCCCAAACACUUGCUGCCACAAUGCCGUUCACGGCGCAGACGAAUAACCAUCAACUUGUGCACCUUCGUCAAAAAUUGGAUGAGGCCUUGAGUGAAAAAAUGCAGGUUGUCGCAGAGCUUGAGGCAAUGCAACAGUUACUGCGUAAGAAGGAGUCUUUGUCGCGUGGCCGGCAACAGGGCGCUGAAGAUGGCAGUGAGGCGGGUGACAGCGGUCAGUCCCUCGAUGCUCGAAUCAACUCGCUGCUGCAGCGGAGCGAGUCACUGGGGGUGAGGGUGCAGCAAUUAACAACAGAGAAGGAGACCUUGCUGCAGGAGAAGGAUGCAUUGGAGCUGGAGGUGCAAAGCGCCAGACGCAUGGUGGAGGUGCGGGAACUCGCAUGUCAGCGGCAAACGGAUGAGGUGAAACAAAGUCGAACGCAAAUUGCCGCCAUGAAGGAUGAUUUGUCAUUCAGGAUUCAGUCGUGUAACGCGCUGCGACAGGAAUUGAGUGAGGCACAGGAGCAAGCAGCGGAACUCGCUCGCGCCUACGAAGACCUUCAAUUGGUUACCUUUGCAGAGCGGCGCAAUUUAUUGCUGAGGGAAUAUAUGGAGGCCAUUCUUCUUGCGAAGGCGAUGACAGUACCGCGUGUCAUGCAAGAUGUGCUUCACGGUAUCAUGCAAGCGCAUCGGCAGCUGUUGCGGCGAUUCUCGGAGAACCAGCGGAACCUUCUUGCCAGAUGCGACGCCAUUGAGCAGACAGCCACAGAAGCGAUGGUUGAGGGGGAACGGCAGAGUAAUGAGCUGCUUUCGAUCAUCGAGGACGCAAAGGCGGAGCAGCAACAGCUGCAGGAGAUUAUCGAACGCCUCGAAAUGGAACUUGCCGCGGCCAAUCGCGUUGCUAGGGAGUCCACGGAGGAGGCAGCUGCGGUAAAAAAGAUUUCAACGGAGGCGACAAAAGACGCACGCGAGGAGGCGUCAAAAGCCAAGAGCGACCUCCAGGCCUUGCAACUGGAGUACAACUCGGCAGUCAACACUAUCAGCCUGUUGGAGACUGAAAAAGCCAACGCCGCCCGAAUACUCGCACGGGCAAAUUCGAGAUUAGAGGAGCUGGCGGCGCAGCAGCAGGAGGAGGUGGCUCGGUUGCAGGAGUCAUUACUCGAAAAGACGUGUUUGCUCCGCGAUGCACAGGAGGCGGCUAAGAACAAGUUGGAGGCGGUGGAACAACAGGCGGAAGACUACAAGGCUCAGCGAGACGAUGCUACAAAGCGGGCACAGGCUGCCCAGGCGUCGUUGGAUCGUGUGUUGCCGCGACUCGAGCGGCUUGAGGCGGAGCAGGCGGCUCGCGAGGCAGAGUUGAUGGACACAACGCAGCAGCUGACGGCGUUAUCGCAGCGCAGCACAUCAACGGAAGUAGUAUCGCGUCGUCAAGUGGAAGCGCUCAAUGCGUCCCUUGCCGAACUGCGGUCUGCCCAUGCUGCUCUGAGCGAAGAGUGUACAAAGGCACAUGAACAUAUUAAUGAGCUAAAGAACCAACUGACGGCAAGCGAGGCUGAGAUUGGGCGGUUACGCACUCGCAAAGCGCAGCAGGAGCAGGAGGCGGAGGCGGCAAAGGCACGGCUGACGGAGCUGGAAUCCCUCUAUGCGAACGACACGAGCGACGCUGCGACAUGGCGACGUGGCGCAGAGCGACGCAGUGCGGCGUUAGAAAUCCGCAACAGCGCUCUUCAGGAGGAGCUGCAGGCCUCUCAAAAACAACAAUGUGUUUUGCAAGAACACGUUGAUGUCUUGGAGGCAAAGCUACGGCAGAUGUCGGAUGAGAAUCACAGCAAAGACCAACAGCAGCGGCGUUCUAUUCAACAGUUGAAGGAGCGCUGUGAAAUAUUGGAGGGUGAGAUUGGGAAGCUGGAUGAAGCACACGCAAACCUUAGUGUGGAGCGGGACACGCUGCACCGUGACUGGUUAAACGCAAAGCAGGAUGUGGGGAGCCUGGAAAACCACCUGGAGGCCACAAAUCAGCACAAUGAGCAGCUUCACAAGGAGCUUCGACGCCAGAAGGAAUCCCAUGAUGCGGAGCUGCAGAUGGUGCGGAGGACUCUUGCAGAUGCUCAGGAGGAAAUUUCCCGGUGUCGUUGCACACUUGUCGAGGCGGAAGCGCGGGAAAAUGAGUUGAACCACGUGGUUUACGCGCUAAAAAAGGAGAAGGCCCGGUGUGUUGAAGAGCUUCAACAGAUGCGGGGACUGGCAGAAAGUGAGCAGGAAUUACUGGUUCGAGAGCGUUCACAAAGGCAGGUGCAAGUUGCAGAGCUACAGGAGGAGGUGGUGCAACUCCAGAAGGACCUUCACGCAGCGCGACAGGAGUGUAAAGGGCUGGAAUGUAAAUGCACGCAGCAUGCGGAUGAAGCAGAGCUUCUGCGCCGCCAGUUGACCGAUAGGACAGAUCGCUGCCGGACCCUUCAGCAGGAUGCGGCGGCGCAGCAUGAGCAGCUGACGGCGACUGUGAAGUCCCUUCGCGCCGAAGUGGCAACGCUGCAGUCAAAGCUUGAAGAAGCACUGGACACUUUGGCUCAGAAACAGCGUGAGUAUGAGCAGUGCGAGGAGCGCAGCCUGCGAAAAAUGGAGGUGAGUCGACUGUCGGAGGAAACUCUCCGGAAGGAAGUGGCGGAUCUCCAGCGGGACGUGCAGCAGCUCCAGCAGAAGUUGGCUUUUACCGCAACCGCCGCUCACGAUGCAGAGAAGACUGGAGCGCAACAGCAGGCGACGAUACGUAAACUCACAGAGGAAUUGGAGCGCCAAAAUACUCAGUCGACAGCAUACUUGAAGGAGAGGGAACAGCUGCAGAGUGCCUUGCGGGAGAAUACGUCGCAAUUGGAGCGUGUGGCACGGAAGGCGACUGCCGAUCUGGAGACGGCUCUUGCGAAAACCAACGAGCUGCACCGCAGCAACAUUGAGAAGCUGGAAACUGCGUUGCGGCGGGAGCAGCAGGCAGCGCAGGAGGUCCGCACAGCACGGGAUCGCGCCCUGGAGUCACUUGAGGAGCGGCAAGGCGAGUGCGAGUUUCUGCGGGCGGAGGUGGCACGACUGCAGCAAAUGUUGCGCUCCGCACAGGCACAAGUGGCAUCCACCCAGGCAGAGGUCAGGAGUACCGUGACGCAGGUGGUGGUGGAGGCAGGCCUCCCACAGGAAGGCGAACUCUCACUGAGUAGCGUGGUGAAUCAGUUGCUGCUGCGUCUCAAUCGUCUUUCUCACACCGCUGUUUUACUAGACGUUGAGGUCUCGCAAUUCAAAUGCUUUGAAAAGGCUUGUGAGGCACAUGCCGCGGCACUGCGAUGUGUGAUAGACGCGACGCGGUCCUCGCAGCAAGUUCCUGCCAGCAGCACCGCACCCACUUCUCCCCUUUUACCAAUGUGUGAAAGCAGCAGUGGGAGCAGCACGCACUCUUUGCGGCAACGAUCCUUUUCUUCGCGUUCUCGAGUCCUACAGGAUAUCAUAAGCAGUGUCUCAACCUUUGCUCAUCGCUUGAUGGACCACUGUCACACAAUUCGUGGCAUGUUGGAUAACAUGGAGGCGGCAGUUGUGCAGUGCGACACGAAAUUUGUUGGAGAUCCAGCGGUUACUCACGUAAAGCUUGUCGUUAUGGCGACAUUAAGUGAACUGCAACUUCGCACAUCACGGCAGACGGCGUUUCUUUCCCAGAUAUUUGAUGGUGCUGUCAUGUCAACGGCUCUUCAGGAGGCCAUACGAUUUCUGCGUGACGAUGAGACAUACGUGCUGCGUCCAUUCAAUGAACUUCUUAUGCCUUCUUCAUCAUCUCCAUUGUCCACGCCUCGGUGGGGCGGCGGUGUCCAGGAAUCAACUUUCUUCACGACAGCCCGAGUCCCAGCCGCAGAUACUGCUUCUAUGAGUCAGCACUUGUGGAAGGGCUCGGCCAAGAAGGAGAAUGAGCUUCGGUCACGAAUUGUGGUAGACCCAAGACAACACAUGGAGAGUGCUAAAAUGCCCGGCGAAGAGCCACGAGGGCCUUCAAUCCCUGCCACUUCAGGGGCAGAGGCUUCGAUGGCGUCUGCAACGACGGCGGUGGAUGCAUCAACGGGUCCAGAGAGUAGUUCAGCCAACUGGUGUGUCAAUCAUGAAAUGCAGGAUGCAGCGUAA